GAAGACUCGCCGAAAUCAGUGCCAUCUCCACCUGCUGAACCAGUAGAAACAGCUCCCAUGUUGAAAACUUCUCCUUUACCAGAAUUGAACACCUCUGCUCCAAGCAAUCGCUCUGAAAUCAGUCCAUCACCACCCAAGGAUCCUCAUCCCACCUUGGAAGAAGUCUCUGCCUCCAAGAUCGACGUCUUGGAUAAGCCACUGGGAAUGAGGGAAAUGAUAACCCUUCAAUCGUUCGCUGACAGUUUAGACGAAUCGAAACUUCGAAGUGGGAAGACCGACCUCGUGUCAAUCAGAACUGAUUCUCUCAAAGCAGCUAAGCGGAGGUCUUGGGCUGCUUCUGAAGGUACGACCUUGUCAGAAGCUGAUACAAUCCGGCGCAUCCUUGAAGAGCAACGGAGAGGAAAAAAUCAUUUCAUUCCAGAACUGCCCACUUCGCACGAAGAGCCAAAAGCAGAAGUCACCGAAAACGAGAAGGAAACCUCUUCUGAAUCAGAAAGAACUGCUGCAACUGAUGAUGAGUCAGUGGUCAAAAGCGAUGAUGAGCCACUAGAAAUUGAAGUUGAUCGUCGGACUGUAAAAGGAAUAUUGCGUCCUUUGGGCUUGAAAAAGGAACGACGGAGAAUCGAGUUCGACCCGCUUGCACUGAUGUUAGAUGCGGCUUUGGAAGGAGAGUUGGAUUUGGUAAAAUCCAGUGCAGCAAAGGUAAAAAUUGUUGCAAAUCUGCUUUAUCCUUUUGCUAAUUAA